CAGUCGACCGAAAUCCCUUGUCCUGAGGACGGCACCCCUGACCGAAAACACGUUGUCAGUCAACUUAGAGAGAGGAUUAUAGGCGAAACCGAAAGCCACAGAAUCAGGCCUGUACAAGGCCUCGAGCGUCCUGCAGGUAAUACCGAAGACUUCUUAUUUAGGAUGCUCCCACCUCUGGGUCCUGUCAAGGACCCGCCAUUACUACUAUCUUGCUACUCCGUCAAGCUUCUGUGUGCUGCUGUUCAGUUCACAAGCGCAGGUUUACCAUUUUGCUUUUUCUCACCGUCUCCGCCUCAGCCUUAAACUCUAUUUCCCCACAGCACGAGUUCAGUGCGCGCGAUCCCGCUCCCGCCGCCAUCGGAUUGGGCGCGACGCCACCCCAGCCCGACGUGAUUGUCAUCACAGCAAACGAAUGUUUCGAUACAUCAAGUCUGCUCUGGCUCCAAACAUCGAGCCAGAGCUCCCUCACAAUUACCUAGCUCAUAUCAAUGCUAGAAAGCUCUCUUUCGCGUCCUCGAGCGAGGUUUCGCUCCCGGACAUUGAUCCUCUCGUAAUUUCGGCUUAUGAGCUCUCAGAAAUGCUAAAUGCUGGGGCUAUCACGAGUGUUGAGAUUGUGGAGUCUUAUUUGUAUCAGAUCGAACAGCACAAUCGGCGGGGCCGACAGCUGCGAGCUUUGAUAUCAGUAGCACCGAGGCAUGAGCUUCUUAGGAUAGCAAGGCGGCUAGAUGACGAGAGGUUGAAAGGGAAGCGGAGAGGGCCGUUGCAUGGAAUUCCCAUCGUUUUAAAAGAUAACAUCAUGACUGACGCCAAUCUGGGGAUGGACACCACCGUUGGAUCAUACGCCUUUGUAGGAUGCAUACCGAAGAAAAACGCCACAAUAGUUGACCGUCUAAUACGGAGGGGCCUGAUAAUCCUAGGCAAAACGAACCUCACUGAAUUCUGCGGUCUUAAGAAUCCUUCAAUGCCUCCAGGCUGGUCUGCCGUUGGUGGCCAAUGCCAAUCCCCAUACGUCGCGCGACACAUCGCAAAGAAGAAGCUUCACUGGGAACUGUCUGCUCCAGGAGGUUCAUCAACCGGCUCGGCCGUAAGCGUAGCAUCGGGAUUCAGUACACUGGCCAUCGGUACGGAUACCAUUGGCUCACUGAUCACUCCUGCGAACAGAGCUGCACUCUACGCGUUGAAGCCUACUGUUGGCGAAAUACCUAUGGAUGGAAUAUUCACUCUUAGCAAGACGUUUGAUUCCGUUGGCGGCAUGGCGAAAUCAGCGAAAGAUCUUGUCGCACUCCUAGACGCAAUGAUGCUUCCCACAAGCAGAGAAACCAGCACACCAGUCCCUAAAACUUGCUUCCGGAUCAAGGAAGAGUGGGGGAACCUAAGGAUAGGCUUUACCGAACCGACGAUUUGGAAGUCGUGGCGGAAGAGCGGACGGAUCAACGCGGAUGCCGAGCGCUUUAUGGUACAGAAAUACGAGAUGGUGGUCCAGUCGCUGAUUGAGAUGGGUGUUGACAUCGUGUACCCCGUUGAGUUACCGUCACAGUCGAGUUUGAAUUUGGAGGGAAAGAAUACUUUUGAGCCGAUCGUUUACCAAGAAUUUAAAGAAUCCCUAGGAGAGUUCAUUCGCCAGUUCAAAAUCACAAAAGUACACUCGUUAGCUGAAAUUAUAAAUUUCAAUCUUGAACAUCCAGAACUCACUCUCCCGCCUUCCUGUCCACACCAAAACGACCUCAUGGCCGCUCUCGGCUCCUCCACACCCCGCGAAACCAUCACCGCAGCCCGCCAACACCUCAGACUGGCUGGCGGCCAAGAAGGUCUCGACCACCUCUUCUCCUCCCUCCAACUCGAUGUAAUCGUCUCCCCUGGCGACGCAGCGCUCUCCUCCCUUGCCGCCGCCGCCGGCUACCCAACAGCCGCAUGCCCUCUCUCAGCGCUCAAACUCAACGGCCAGCCGUUCGGCCUCACGCUAACCUCCCCUCCACACACCGAACACCUUCUCCUCCACUUCCUAACCGCCUACGAAGUUACCUUCCCACCUCGCGCGUUGCCGUUACCGCUAUCUAGCGUCCCACUGCAAGAUCCUAAUCCAGAGCCCUUGCCCGAUAAACCGAUAAUCGAUCUCAUUCUGCAUGAGUGGGACACGAGAAGGUUUAGCUGCUCGGCGGACGCUUUGGCGGAUUGGUUGAAUGCUAGGUGGAGGAAGAGUGGGUAUGAGUUGAGUGCCGAGACGAUUUGUGAGGUUUUGAGGAGUAAUGGUAGGAUUGCUUUUAGGGGGUUGGGGGAUGAUGCCGAGGGCGCUUUUGCGAGAUAACGUGUCGUUGUGGGUAUGGGAUAGGCGUCUGCUGAGGUAAGGCACGUGAUAGUGUGCUGUAUAGUGGGAAUUCGGACAUGGAAAGGCGGCGAAAUGCCCUGGUCGAAGACAUUGGCAACUUUCUUUCAACCAGCCAGAUCUUCUGAAGCCUUGGCUGGAAAGCUGUUGACAGUGUGCAUGUGUGGAGGGUAUGUAAACUGGAACCGCUUGGGGGGUCUUGUGCUUUUGCCUCACUCUUCUUCGUCUUCUUCUCCUUUUUUUGUUGGCUGGCUUUGCAUGGUGCUGGGGGUAUGGUUUGCAUGAUAUCCACUCGUUUUCUGGUUAGCAUUUCCUUGGAAGUCUUGGGAAAGCAGCGGAAUUAGCAACAUGGACGGUUACGAUGGUUGGGGGUUCCGCUGAUAAUGAAGGCUAGCAGGAGCACGCGGAAUCCCUACAGAAACGAUGCAAUGACUUCUG